GGGAGGAAUAUUCGCAUCGAUCACGUCAUAGAUAGCUAGUCCGGAAAGAGGAACUGUCCAGCAGAAUGGCGCAAGGGGCGAACGGCGACGAUGACGACGAUAGUUCCUUCCCGGCGCUGGACGAGCGGAGGGUUUCCUUCAACGACAGGUUCGACUCGUACUACUCAAGAACCGCUGCCUUCUAUGGAAACCUGUUGAAGGUAUCCCAGCGGGAACACUGGCAGCUGGCCUCGCCCAUGACGAAGCACGUCUUUCCCUCCGAACACAGCGCUCAGAGCGCGGGGAGCUUCAAGAUGCCGAGGACGCGGUCGAGGUCCUUCAACGAUUACAUCGAAUCCCGCGACAAUGACGAUGGAUACGGUUCCGCUCGCACGUUUAAGACGACUGCGAUGCCGACGUGGAAGACCAACUCGAAUCGAGGCGCCACGAGCCCUGUUCGAACGAAAGAGAGCGAUCCGGAACGCGGUGGCCACCAGGGACGAGACGUUCGCAAGGACGACGGUGCGAUGCCCUUUUCCUUGUCGGUGCUGUAUGGAGCCAUCAAUUGCACCAUUGUGCUGCCAGUCAUAAUGAGUUUUGGAAACAUCAUAUAUCGGGACGAUGCCUUUAUUGCGUACAUGCCCGUUCUGAUCAAGCUCACCUUGUUUUCGGGGAUGGUCCACCAGCUCUGCUUUUCCCUGUUUUCGACGCUCGACUUUGCCGUCGGCAGCGUGCAGGACGCCGGCCUCAUUUUCUUGUCGCGGAUGGCCCACGACAUGGUCCAGUACUGCAGGGCCAGAAACUACGAUGACGAUACCAUGCUGGCAACAGUCACGGUGGGCCUCGGCUGCGCCGCCGCCGCACUGGGGGUUGGUUUGAUAAUCAUCGGCAAGCUGGGGCUGGCGAGCUACGUUCAGAUGCUUCCCACGUGUGUGAUUGCGGGUUAUCUUGCCUACAUUGGUUGGUUUGUCGGCUAUUCCGGUCUGGGAAUCAUGGCAGGGGAAUCUUCGCUGACUCCGGCGUUGUUGGUCGAGAAGUCUCUGUACAUCCUGCCUGGCGUUGCGGGCGGGGCCCUCAUUUACGUUUCGGUUCGGAAAUUCCGCCACGCCGCGGUCUUGCCAUCUUGCAUCACGCUCUUGCUGGUCGCGUUUUACGUCAUUUUGCUUGUGACCGGAACAUCGGUGGAAACCGCCACCGAAAACGGAUGGAUCCGACAAACACAAGACGAGCCGGCAUGGUAUCAAACCUGGGAUUAUCUCCAAGUAGAUAAGGUAGACUGGGCGGCUCUACCGCAGUUGUGGUUGACCUGGCUCGGGAUGCUAUUUGUGGUGGCUCUGUCCAGUUCUUUGGACGUGGCUGCCAUCGAACUAGAAAUGAACGAUCCCCUCGACUACAACAAAGAACUCCGCAUGGUGGGGAUAAGUAAUUUUGUAUCGGGGCUGACCGGCGGCUAUACCGGAUCCUACAUUUUCAGUCAGACCAUCUUUUCGCUACGAAUAGGGGUCAGAUCACGAAUCUCGGGAUUUUCCAUUGCAUUUUUUACGCUCGUGGUCAUUGUUCUACCCUUCCCGAUUCUGUCGUACGUGCCCAAUUUUUUUUACGGUUCCCUCUUGUCGAUGAUCUGCAUCGACCUUGUCUACGAAUGGCUGUGGGAAUUCCGACACAAGGCAACGACAGCUGAAUAUCUUCUUGGGCUAUCUACCUUCGGUC